AUGUGGACAUAUACGGCUAUAACUGCCAUUAUUCAAGCUAUUGGUUGGCAUUAUAGUUAUGCUAUGCUGGGUGAGAUUUUUGAAGAUUCUACUUGCCGAUCAACUAAUAAUACGUGUGGAAUAAAUAUGAUAUUUGUGCCAAUUUUGAAGGUCGUUAGUUCGAAAAAUUUGUUGACUUCUGAGAAAUGUAUUCAGCGUUGUUCAUGUAUAACUGAUGAAUAUGCAGAAAGAAAUGGUAGUUGUAUUGAAAGGAUUUACAGUUCGAAAGAGCAGUGUGAAAACGAAAUAUGCAAAAUUGGUGAAACAAUACUUGACGUCGAUUGCAAUUUAAGUGGAAAUGUGUGUGGAAUAAAUGCAUUAUUCGUUCUCAUUUCUCAAGAAAUACCCUAUCCAUCGAUGGUACCUCGAAAUUGUAUUCAGCGAUGUACUUGUAAAAGUAUUGAAUAUAUCGACAAAUUAACUCAUUGCAAGAAAAAAGAAGAUUUCAAAAUUGAGGGACAAACUGAUUCGUACGGUUUUACUGAAUACUGUCCGAAAGCUUAUUACAAUCUUGGAGAUGAGAUUGCCGACAUUGGUUGCAGGUUGGCUGGUCAUGAAUGCGGAAUUAAUAUGAGAUUUGUUCUUAUGGAGACUCUGAAGGCUGCCAAUAGUCAAAAUCAAAGCCACAUUAUAGGAUGCAUUUUAAGAUGUAAUUGUGAAGAAAAUUUCGAAUUUUUCGAAAAAGAUGGACAAUGCGCGAGAAAAUGGUACUGUGAAGGAGGAUUUUGCCAUCUAAAGAGGAAAAUUUACGAUUAUGGCUGUAGACUUACUGGUUUGGAAUGUGGAAUUCAUAUGAAAUUCGUUACUACGAAGAAAAUUAAUGAUGGGAUUUGCAUUCAAAAAUGUAAAUAUGCAAAGGAUGGAAAAUAUAAAGAUAAGAAAAAAAAUAAACAGAAUUUUGUUGAGCACAAAUCGAUAACAAAAUUUCUCAAGACUGGUCAGAUAUUGGAAGAUUUCGGAUGUUUAUCAUCUAAUACGGAAUGUGGAAAAAACAUGGUUUUUCGCCCAGUUGUCCGAUUCUAUAAUAUAUCAUCCUCGUUGUCGCAUGAAAAAUGCCUUCAGCGUUGCACUUGUAAUGAUAAAUUUUACGAGGAAAAUGGCCGAUGCAUUAAACGAAUUGAUAUAGAUGAGGUCGACUAUGAGGACGAUUAUGAGGAUAAAGAUUUUGUUAUAAAUCAGCGGUGCUUUGAAAAUAAAGCCUGUCAACUCGGCGAGAAAAUAAUUGAUAUAGGAUGUCAAUUAACUGGCAUAAAAUGUGGCAUAAACAUGGUGUUAAGUCCAACUUCUAUUGCGAUAAACAACCAGUGUGUUCAGUAUUGCGUUUGUGACAUUGAGUUUAUGGUGGAAGGAAAUAAAUGUGCUAAGAGAAAUACAUUUAAAACAACCUCUAGCACAGAAUAUCAGAAUAUUACGCAGGAGAGAACUGAGGAAAAUACUGGGAAUAUUGUUAUUAAAUGUAUGCGUGGAGAAUGUGAGCUUUCGGAAGAAAUUUCUGAUCUUGGAUGUAUGUUAGACGGGCAUUCCUGUGGUCGAAACAUGGUUUUCAAGAAGAUUUCUAAAAAAAUAUAUAGAACUGCAUUGAAGAAUAUGAAUUGUAUUGUGAUAUGUGAAUGUGAAGAUGGAUAUUGCGAAAAAAAUAAUCAAUGUGUUCUUCCAGAAGAACCUUCAAAUCCAUGCGAAAGAAAAAUAUGUAAAGCUGGGGAAAGAAUUUUUGACGCUGAUUGUCAUUUGAGUGGAGUAAAAUGUGGUGUUGGCAUGAAAUUCAUUACUGUACAAAAACUUCAUCCAUCUUCAUCGUGCAUUCAAGAAUGUCAUUGCGAAAGCGGAAAAUUCGAGGAUAGCGAAUGGUCAUUAUGCAGAAAAGAUGUGAUUUCUGUCAAUUUUGUCGAAGUAAUUUUUCGUAUAUAUUUAAUUUGA